GUCAAUAUUCUUGAACAGCUCAAAGAAAGUCUCAAGGAGCUCGGUUAUUUCAGUGGCUUAGCCGAUUGGAUAAGACUUAUGAAAUUUUAACUAUUGUCCGCUGGCGUUCGACGAGGAUUGGCUAUGUGACCCACUGCCAUGGUCACAGCCAUGCAUAAAGUUCAAACAUUUUUGCGCUGUUGACCGCAACAUUGAAACUGGCAAAAACAAAAACAAAAACUACAAACAAUAACAAACGUUGAAAUGAUUGAAAACAAUGCCGUGCAAAGCCAAGAGGGAGGCGGAAAAACUAGUUGCCUGACCACAUCCACUGAAGAUGUAAGAAAAAUGCAUUCCUAAUGCAAGCGAAAAGCAAACGAACCUGUUUUUGAGGGGGACCAAAAGAAAAUUGAAGCCUGCAUCUCGAUUGGACGUGGAUGUCUUUAGCGAUUAUGUCAUGACUGGCUGACUGCCUGCCUCUCGAUAGCGGAAAGUUGUGAGCCUUUGGGCUGGUUUAAUUGUGGUCAAAAAAAGAUUGUUAGUUCGUUAGCCGAAUUGCAUAUCGUGUCGGCUUUAACCAUGAAAACGCGCAACAAGGUGAGGCAUUGACGCGCUGACCACGCACUCAAACGGACGCGUUUUUUAAAUACCAGCAAACAGCAACUGCUAUGGGAAUACGUAUAUUUGUUUUGGCCGCCAUGGGUUUAGGUGCUAUGUAUAUGAUGCAUCUGUUGGCGCAGGAUUGGAGCCGCAUACGGCCCAUACAGCAGAUUUCAAAUUUGGCUGGCCAAGUGGGCACCACGUUGAAUCUGCAACAGUUGCCGAAUUUCAUUGGACAAGCGAGUUCGGCCUUUAGCUUGCAACGUGGCAAGCGAUCUGCCCUGAGCCGGGACUUGGGCUGGGUGCAUGGCAGACAGGAUACAGGGGGUGGCAGCCAUGCUGCAGUGCAUCAAAGUGCCACUGACUCAAUUGAUUGGAAACGCAUACUUGCUCGCGAUCCCUUCGAGUGCUUACAGUCGCUCAUCUGCCAGCUGAUGUCUGGUGCCGAGGCCCAUUCCGAGGAGGCGGAGCUACUUAUGAACUUUAUGGAAUCGUCGUUAGAAAUGGCGCCAGCGAAAAUUGGACGCGCCUUCAGUCGAGGAUUGGCGUUGCGUGGACGCAGUGAUCGCUGCUACAACGAAUAUCCAUUCUGUUUGUACUCCGCCAAGACGAUGUUGCGCAUCCUGCGCUGGUUCAGCCAAACAGGCAAUACGCCAGUGGAGGAGCCCGAGGAAGAUAAGUGA